CUAUCCUAUACGAUUUCAAAGCUCGAGCAGGCCGAGGUUGUCGACGCAGCCAUGCGUUCAGUUCCAGAGUUGCUGUGAUCCUCAGGCUAAUUGCCGUGGUCUGUUGGACUUGCAACUCUCGAUUCGCCGUCUCCACGGACCCAAGCAAUAGAUCAAGUUCGUUCGAACACUCCCCGACCUCUCGAGCUCUUCAAGACCGUGCACGCAGCGCUAGCCAUUUUGCACGUGCGGAUUUAUUGCAAGGCUUCAAUCCUCUUAAUGACACUGGCUUGCUGCGAACUUGCGGUCAACAAGCAAGACAUCCUUAGUUGUAGAGAGGAGCCGAAGACGUGACUUACUGGGAUAAGUCAACGAGUGUAAGUGGUGUCUUUCCGCUGGUGAGCCGAAAGCUCCGAAUGGCGCACAUUGCAGACACCAACAAGCCUUAAGCAUGCCAUGGCCACUAAACUACUUGUCAACGAACU